AUGACCGAGAAGCAAAUGAAGAUAUUUGAUCUAUAUCCGUGUUUUUUAGCUCUGUUACUACUAUACUGUCUCUGGUUUCUUACAAGAAGGCUUUUCUUAGACGGACGAAACAAGAAACUACCGCCCUCGCCUCCAAAGCUCCCCAUCAUUGGCAAUCUUCAUCAAUUGGGGCGUUUACCUCAUAGAUCUCUUACAUAUAUGUCCAGGAAGUAUGGGCCACUUAUGUCUCUUCAGCUUGGAAGCAGGUCAGCAUUGGUGAUUUCAUCGGCUGCAGUGGCGAAGGAAGUCGUAAAAAAUCAUGAUAUUUCCAUUUCGGACAUACCUGUAGUAACAGCUGCCAAACGGAUUUUUUAUGGCGGGAAGGGCCUUAUCUUUUAUGGUGAGAACUGGAAGCAAUUGAGAAGCAUGUUUGUCAAUCAUCUACUGCAUAAAAGCAUGAUCAAGUGCUUCAAAUCCAUCAGAGAUGCAGAAGCGUCGCGCCUGCUUGAACAUAUUGAUAAGUGCAGCUCAACUUCUGCGCCGGUGAACUGGAGCGUGAGGUUUAAGCAUAUGUCGAUUGAAUUGAUAUGUAAUUCGGCGUUUGGGACAAAAUUUUUAGGUGAAGAGGAAACUAAGGAGAUACUAGGAAUGAUUGAUAUAACGCUGGAGUUUCUAUCAACGUUCACGGUGGGGGAAUUUAUUCCUCGGCUUUCUUGGAUGAACCGGUGGAAUGGUUUCGAUGCUACAUUGGACAAGCUUGUGAAAGAAAAGGAGGAACUCUUGGGCAAGCGAACUGAAGAGUAUAUAGAAACUUCAUGUGGAGAUUGCAACUUUGUCGAUAUUUUGAUUGGUUUGGGACUUCAUAUCGAGGAUAUUCAGAUGCUCAAAGCAAUAAUUCAGGAUAUUCUUGGAACUGGAACAGACCCGCCAUCGACAACACUAGACUGGGCAAUGACUGAGCUCAUAAGAAACCCUAACAGCAUGAAAAAGUUGCAAGAAGAAGUAACAGAGAUUAUGAAGGGAAAACAAGAAAUGACCGAUAAUGAGUUGGAGAAAAUGCAAUAUUUGAAAGCAGUCAUAAAGGAGACCUUACGCUUGCACCCACCCGUCCCGGUUAAACCUCGCGAGACUAAUGAAGAUGUGCACCUUAUGGGCUACGACAUUCCAGCUGGUACAAUGGUCAUGUUUAAUUUGUCGGCUAUAUGUCGUGAUCCUGCCUGCUGGGAUCAGCCGGAAACUUUUUCACCCGAUAGAUUCUUGAAUUCUUCUAUAAACUAUAAGGGUUUGGAUUUUCAGUUCAUCCCAUUUGGAGUCGGGCGUAGGAUCUGCCCGGGGAUGUUCUUCGCAAUGGUAUCCAUUGAGCAUGUGUUGGCCAAUCUAGUGCACAAGUUCGAGUGGCGAUUGCCAGAUGGGGCUCAAGGCAAGGACUUGGAUGUGGCUGAGAAACCUGGCUUCACAAUUGGGAGAAAAAAAAUCCUCUUAUUGUAG